AUGACAUCCGCUUCUGAACCCCUCCGUCCGACUCCAAUUCUUCCCUUCAUGACCGACAAGCAGCUCUCUAUGCUCGUUCCUCUCCUCGUCUACUGGGUUUAUUCAAUAUUUUACCAUUUGAUUUCUGAAUACAGAGUCUCUUUAUUUGAGCCAUAUCGAAUUCACACACCCGCAGAGAUUGAAAAGAGGAAUAAAGUAACAAAGGCCGAGGUUAUCAAAUCAGUGCUGAUACAGCAAGUUCUGCAAACAUUGUUCGGACUACUGAUUCUUAUGGCAGAAGACGAAGAUAUGUUGGUUGAUGAUGAGGCUGAGGUGGACAAGCUGACGGGUGAAAUCGAAAGAAUGUUUGGAAAGCUGGAAUUGGGGCGAGUAAUGGCAGAGAUGUGCUAUUGGUAUCUGUUGCCGAUAACGAAAUUUGUUAUUGCUAUGUUUGUUGUAGACAGCUGGCAAUACUUCUUCCAUAGAUUCUUACAUAACAAUCCGUUCUUGUAUCGUCACAUUCACUCUGUCCAUCAUCGUCUCUACGUCCCGUAUGCGUUUGGAGCAUUAUAUAAUCACCCUCUUGAAGGAUUCGUAAUGGAUAUUGUGGGUGCUGGAUUAGCUUUCAAACUGACGGGCAUGACGACGAGAGAAGGGAUGGCGUUCUUUAGUUUUGCCACUAUGAAAACUGUUGAUGAUCAUUGCGGAUAUGCAUUGCCAUUUAAUCCACUUCAAUUGAUCUUUGGCAAUAAUGCUGCAUAUCAUGAUAUUCACCAUCAAAGUUACGGAAUAAAGAAAAACUUUUCCCAGCCAUUCUUCACGGUAUGGGAUCGCCUUCUUGGUACUUAUAUGGAGAAGCCACCACGCGAAUCGGAUGGUGAUGAAUCCAACAAUAAGAAUGCUCUCCCGCCGUCGAAGACCAACGGUAUUUCGAGUAAUGGCCACGUGAACGAUAAUCAUGAAGAACAAGUCACGGCGAAAAGAUAUAACCUUAGAUCGAGAAAAAAUGUGUAG